AACAACUGUAGCAAUUUUCGCAGAGGUGAAGAGCCUUCGAUCGGGAAGACCGGCUGCCCAGGGGGAAUUUUCUUCGAUUGCAAUUAUUCACGUCUCUGAAGACGAGGUCACCAUUGGGGUCCUGGUCGCUCCACGAAUAAUUUUAACGACUUUGACAAUUUUACGGCACUAUGACCACCGAGAUAUCAGAAUCCAAUUGGGAUGCUUAACAGUAGACAGUUGCGAGACUCCACUACUGCGACCUACUUACUAUAUUCCGAAUGUGCCAUAUUCGACUGUGAUGAUUGUUCUUCCGGCAAGUGUCGAGAGGAGCCGUACAGUUAAACCAGUGCCAAUAGGCUCUUCAGCAGGUUAUACUGGCCGAAUGUGUACGUUCGUGGCAUUUGAUUCUGAAGAUGAUCCGGCGAUAGCUUCGAUAGACGUUCAAAUUUUGGGGCGAAGCUUGUGUCGAUCAGUGCUUAGAGUGGCUAUACCUGAGGAGCACGCGUGCUUUGAUGAUUCAUCCGUGCCUUCACGCAUCACCGAGGACGACUAUGGCGGCCCAAUCUUUUGCGAUGGAAUUGUGAUUGGAAUUAUGGUCAACUAUAAUAUAACUGCUGGAAGAUCACGUGCGCUACAAGGCAUGAGCAAUUUCACUAUGUUUGACCAAUUACCUGAUCUGGGCUCAUUACCAUUACUCUAUCGAGCAGCAGUCAGGAGAUAAAAUCUUAUUAUAUAUUCUUAUGAUUACACCGAAUUCCAUCCCGUGAAUUUUUUGGCGAACGCUAUUUGAACUAUCAUAAAAUGAUCGAUCUAUUGCUGAGCUCUUCGCCAUAUUGUCGAUAUCGAUUUUAGCGGUUCCUCAUGUUUGGGUUACGAUAAUUUGACGAAGAGCUAGGGAUGGAUCGGCCAUCUUAUAUCUUAUCUCUUUUUACAAAAUAAUAUUCCACUUUGGAAUAAUGGUUUUUCGAUGUUGUCGAUGCAUAUAAGAUCUGUUUAAUUUCAAUAAAGUAACGCAAUAAUCAUAAUAA